UCUACCAAGGGCGAUAAAGUGAGACUCUGUCUCUAUAAAAAAAAAAAAGUGGAAGGACUGAAAUGAAUUCUUCAUUAAGUUUAGUCCAAACUCAGUCUUUUUUUCUAACCCUGUCUAAUAACUAGAAUUGGAUUUUUCUGCACUUUGUCUGCUCUAAUGUCUAACAGUGACCUUCACCUCCAGGCCUUCAAGAAAUACUAGUGGAGCAAAUGUUGAAUAAGUGACCAUGUGGUCAUUGCCUUUCUAGGGCUUCCUGGUGUCUCUGCAGAACCUCUUUGUCUGGCCACAUUGUGAGGCUGCAGAAUCUCUCUUCACAGCCCAGCCUACCUCUCCUCAGUUGCCUUGGUUGGAGCCUCUGGACUCCCUUCCAGCUUCCGGGAAAGUGGAGUUGUUGGCAAGACAGACUGAGAGUAGAAGCCCAGAGAGGACAUGCCUGCUGAUGGGAGUUUAUCCCAGAGGCCCCAGGUCCUGGGUCCAGAGGAGCAGGACAGCCUGUGUGAGAAUUCAGUGUCAUUUGAAGACGUGGCCGUGGACUUUAGCAGGGAGGAGUGGCAGCAACUGGACCCUGCCCAGAGACACCUGUACCAGGACGUGAUGCUAGAGAUGUACAACCAUCUCUUCUCAGUGGGGUGUCAUAUUCCCAGCCCAGAAGUCAUCUUCAGGAUAGUAAAAGGACAGGAACUAUGGAUGGAGGGGGCCGAACUCCCACCUCAGAGGGAUCAUGAAGGGAAGUUUGGGCUCACAACCCCACAACAGGAAAUUUCUGAGAAAGCUUCUGUGGUGGGUGAGGUCACAAGAGAUGGUUCAUGGUGUUCCAUUUUAGAAGAACUUUGGUGGGAAGCUGACCAAACAAAGGGAGAUCAGCAAAACCAAAUUCCACUCACAUGUCAUGGUGGUGUCUUCAAUAAGAAAACAUUGAACACAGAGAGAGAUCAUGAAGAUAAGAACUCUGAGAGAAUCAUUCACAUGAAGCCCCACCUUCUUUCUUCACAAAGAUCUCAGAAAUGUUGUUCAUUUGCAAAAAGUUUGAAGUCUAACCCAAAAGUAAAUGGUCAAAAUCAAAGCAAUGCUACACCACAACUUGAUGACAUUGUUGAGUGUGGUCAGCUAUUCACCCAGACCUCUUCCAUGGCUUGUAGCAAGAAUAUUCAUACAGGAGAGAAAUUCUGCAAAGAUAAUCAAUAUAGAAAAGUCUGUGGCCAUAAACAGUCACUCACACACCACCAAAUUCAUGCUCAGGAGAAGCGAAAUGAGUGUACUGAAUGUACCCAGAUAUCACACCUCACCCAGCAGGGGAUUCAUAAUGUAAAAAGCAUUCAUGAAUGCAGCAAAUUUGGAAAAGCUAUCACCCUACAACCAAAACUCAAUGUGUCUCUAACAGAACAUACAGGUAAUAUACCCUAUGUAUGUAAGGAAUGUGGGAAAGUCUUUAUUCAGAAAUCAGAAUUAAUUACACACCAGAAAACUCACACCAGAAAGAAGCCCUAUAAAUGCCAUGAUUGUGGAAAAGCCUUUUUCCAGAGUUUAUCUCUCUUUAGACAUCAGAGAACUCACAGUAGAGAAAAACUCUAUGAAUGCAGUGAAUGUGGGAAAGGCUUUGUCCAGAACUCAACCCUUACCAUACAUCAGAAAAUUCAUAGAGGUGAGAGACAGUAUGCAUGCAGUGAAUGUGGGAAAGCCUUCACCCAGAAGUCAACACUCAGUUUGCACCAGAGGAUCCACUCAGGGCAGAAGGCCUAUGUGUGUAUCGAAUGUGGGCAGGCCUUCAUCCAGAAGGCACACCUGGUUGUACAUCAAAGAAGUCACACUGGAGAGAAGCCUUACCAUUGCCAGAGCUGUGGGAAAUCCUUCAUUUCUAAGUCACAACUUGACAUACAUCAUCGAAUUCAUACAGGGGAGAAACCUUAUGAAUGCAGUGACUGUGGAAAAACCUUCACCCAAAAGUCACACCUCAGUAUACACCAGAAAAUUCAUACUGGUGAAAGACACCAUAUAUGCAGCGAAUGUGGGAAAGCCUUCAACCAGAAGUCAAUACUCAGCAUGCAUCAGAGAAUUCACUCUGGAGAAAAGCCUUACAAAUGCAGUGAAUGUGGGAAAGCCUUCACUUCUAAGUCUCAAUUCAAAGAGCAUCAGCGAAUUCACACAGGUGAGAAACCCUAUGUAUGCACUGAGUGUGGCAAGGCUUUCAAUGGCAGGUCAAAUUUCCAUAAACAUCAGAUAACUCACACUAGAGAGAGACCCUUUGUCUGUUACAAAUGUGGGCAGGCUUUCAUCCAGAAAUCAGAGUUGAUUACUCAUCAAAAAACUCACAUUGGAGAGAAACCUUAUGAAUGCCGUGACUGUGGAAAAUCAUUCAGUAAAAAACCACAGCUCAACGUGCACCAGCGAAUUCACACAGGAGAGAGACCUUAUGUGUGUUCUCAAUGUGGGAAGGCCUUCAACAACAGGUCAAAUUUCAAAAAACACCAAACAACUCACACCAGAGACAAAACUUACAAAUGUAGUUACUCCGUGAAAGGACUUACCAAGAAAUCAAUUCCUAGUACAUCAGCAUAUUCAUAAAUGAAAUAUACUCAACUGAGUCUCUAAUUGUCUGUGAUAGAAUUAGUGCUCCAGAAAAACUCUAGGGAUGCUUUGUGUGUGUUAGACACAUCAUGAAGUCACAUGUUAUUUUUCAUAAGGGAAAUUACUCAGAAAAGAACUUUUAAUAAUAGAAGUAUCCUUAUUUGUACUUGCCUCAUCAAGGAUUAUAAAUUUCAUCCUGGGAAGAAACCCUGACUACUGCAUUGAGAAAAGCCCUUCUGUAGGAAAUUGUACAAGACAGAUUACUACCAGACUAUAGGAAAGUCCUGUUUACUGUUGGAUAUCAAUAUUUUUAAGUGCCAGCAAAGUAAUGACAGGACAGUAUUCUGUACACACAUGGGUGUCUUAUGUAUACACAUACUCUGUUUAGUAUGCCUUAACUAAAAUGCUUGAGACCAGAAGUGUUUUGGAUUUUGGAAUAUUUGCAUUAUACUUACUGGUUGAGCAUCCCUAAUCUGAAAAUCCCAAACCCAAAAUGUUACAAUGAGCAUCUCCUUUGAGUAUCAUCUUGGCACUCAAAAUGUUUUUUUCAAAUUUUUGGAGCAUUUUGGAUUUUCAAAUUAGGCAUAGUCAACCUGUAUGGAUAUUUAUAUCUGUAUAUAUUUAUAUACAGAUUUAUAUGUAUAUGGUCUGCUCAGUAUAUAUGCAUUACGUGUAUAUGUAUGUAUAUCUAUGUAUGCCCUCUGUUCAAUAGGGUUUGCCUAAGAAUUCACUACCAGGAGGUGUAGGUAGAUUAUGGUUAUUUUAUUAAAGAAUCUAAUGUAAUUGUGUUUAUCAAAUUUAUUCACUAUUGAAUAUUUUGUAUCAUGAGGUAUCAUCAAUAAUUAUUAAUUCAUCUAUUAUGAGACACAUGAAUGUACAGUAUAGUUUUUGGUUAAUGCAUAAGUGAGAUUCUAUAUUUUUUGUUUGUUUGUUUUUUAGAGACAGAGUCUCACUUUGUUGCCCUCAGUAGAGUGCUGUGGUGUAACAGCUCACAGCAACCUCCAGCUCUUAGGCUUAGGUGAUUCUCUUGCCUCAGCCUCCUGAGUAGCUGAGACUACAGGCGCCCACCACAAUGCCUGGCUAUUUUUUGUUGCAGUUUGGCUGGGGCCAGGUUUGAACCUGCCACCCUGGUUAUGUGGGGCGGGCACCCUACUCACUGAGCCACAGGUGCCACCUGAGAUUCUAUAUUGUAUCCUGUCUUUAUACUGAAGUUUUUCUCUUCUUUUAUGGUUAACUCAGCUCUACCCUCCCUUUUCUUCCAGUCUCCAUUGUCUAUGGUGGGCCACUUCAUAAUCAGGGCCAACCGUUUAGUCCCGGACUUGUUCAUAUUUUUAUACAAGCUGCUAGUUAUACACAAAAGAGUGAGAAAACCAUGGCCGCUGGCCAAAUCUGGCUUAGCAAUUAUUAUUUUUUUUUAGAAUAAAGUUUUAUUGGAACACGACUGUGUUCAUUUGGAUAUGUAUUAUCUGGGGCUGCUUUCAUGCUUCACUGGCAGAUUGAAGUAGUUGUGGCAACUGUUGAGAUCAUAUGUCCCUGUAUCUCUGUAGUUGAGAUCAUAUGGCCCUCAAGUUGAAAAUGUUUACUGUCUGGCUCUUCACAGAAGUUUGACAACUAGGCCUAGAAAGGUUAUAUAACUUGUCGGUUACACAACGAGGAGAUGAUACUCCAGCAUCUGAACCCGGCAUGGUGGUCCAGGAGCUUCUGCCCUUAACUAUGGCAUCUGCUGGCAAUAGCUUCCAGUUUCUGAGCUUUGUGUUUACUGGGGUGCAGAAAACAGGCGACGAGAAAAAAGAAAAAGGUUAGGAGCAGUUCAGGAAGGCCCUGGGACACCUGCUCUGUACUGUGUCUUAUGCCCAGCAAUGCUGGAGGCCCAGAUUAAAUUCCCACUGAACUGGUGCAAUGGCUUAUGCCUAUAAUCCUAGCCCUCUGGGAGGCCAAGGUGGGGGGGGUCACUUGAGGUAGAAGUUUGAGAACAGCCUGAGCAAAACCAAGAGCUCAUCUCUACUAAUAAUAGAAAAAUUAGCCAGGCAUGGUGGUGCACUCAGAGGUUGAGGCAGGAGGAUUGCUUGAGCCUUAGAGUUUGAGGCUGCAGUGAGUUGUGAUGACACCACUGCACUCUAGGCGAGGCAAUAGAGUGAGACACUAUCUCAAAAAAGAAAUCCAACUGAAGUCCCAGAGGCAGAUUAUUAACCAGCACUGUGGAGGAGAGAGGUCAAAUAGGCUUCCCAGAAGAAGCACAUCCCAAGUGGCUACCUAGAUGGAGAUAGGUAGCAUGGUUGGUGAGAGGGGAUAGUCUUUUUUUUUUUUGAGACAGAGUUUCACUUUGUCGCCCUCAGUAGAGUGCUGUGGCGACACAGCUCACAGCAACCUCCAACCCCUGUGCUUAGGCGAUUCUGUUGCCUCAGCCUCCCAAGUAGCUGGGACUACAGGUGCCCACCACAAUGCCCACCUUUUUUUUUUUUUUUUGCAGUUUCUGGCCGGGUCUUGAACCCACCACCUCCGGUAUGUGGGGCCGGCACCCUGCUCCUUUGAGCCACAGGUACCACCCCGCCCAGCUAUUUUUUUUUUGCAGUUUGGCUGGGCCCGGGUUCAAACUGGGUAUAUGGGGCUGGUGCCCUACCCACUGAGCCACAGGCACUGCCCAAGAGAGGGGAUAGUCUUAAGGAAAAAAAAACAUCUGAAAACACUUGUCAGAAAAAGUUACUUUUCUGGCAGAUGGGAGUGUGCCAAAAGUUCAGUGGUAAGAUAUGAAGCUGGAAAGUCAUCAGGGGCCAAGUGGAAAAUGCUAGGAUGAAGGACUUGAGGGCUUGACUUUUACUAAGUCAGUGUUCUCAACCUUCCUAAGGCCUCCUAAUGCCAUGACCCUUUAAUACAGUUCCUCAUGUUGUGGUGACCCCCCAACCAUAAAAUUAGUUUUGUUGCUACUUCAUAACUAAUUUUGCUACUGUUAUGAAUUGUAAAUAUCCGAUAUGCAGGAUAUAUUUUCUUUGUUACAAAGGUGUCACGACCCACAGGUUGAGAACUGCUGCUCUAAGUGAUAAGAUGGUACAGAUAAUCAUAUUCUCUCCCCAGAAGCCCCAUGCCAACAACCCAAGGUCAUUUUCUCCAGAAUAUUAAUGUGAAAAAUAAAAUGUCUGCAAAGUAUCCCUGAGAAAGCUCAAAGUAUCUGUGAGAAAGCCCAAACCAUGCCAUUUUUUUUACAAUGAGGAGCCUGAGAUGGUGUAGGGAAAAUGCAGAGCACAGUGUCCAGCCCAAGCUAACUGCUCAUUGAGUGAUGUUAUUUCCCCCUACGUCCUUGCAGCACGUGUAACCUCUGGGCUUCUGCAACCCUUAGCAUCUGACACCUUCACAUUAGUUCUUCACUAUAUCCUGAGCAAGCUGGGAAAGGGGCUCCCACACAGCAAAUAAUAAUUAUUGAGUACAGAUCACUAGAGUUCAACCCUCCAGGCAG